AUGGCGAAGCCCGAGGGCCGCGUGCCUGAGCUGGCGGACGAUGCCGACGACGACGAGGCUCUGCGGUACGCGAUUGCGCUGUCGCUGCAGGAUGAGGCUGAUUCGCCGGUGGUGAUACUCGAUUCGGAUGAUGAUGAUGGUGGUGGUGGUGAUGAUGGUGACGACGAGACAAGGGCGGGAUCGUCGAGGUCAAUCCAGCAGCAGACGCAGACACAGACACAAUCAUCACAGACACAGACGACACAGUCUUCACAGUCACGGCACCAGUCUCAGUUCGGCAGCUUCCUUCUUGAUCGCAAGGCCAUGGAGCAAGAACGCCUCAACCGCCUCGCCAAACGCCAACGUUCACCCACCGACGAUGGCGACGACGACGUGGUCGAGGUCCCUCCGCCCAAGAAGCAAGCCAGGACAGUCCCGGAACCCACGAGCAAGACCACCACCAGUAAAACAACAGCAACAGCAACGGCGUCAGCUUCAAUGAGGAGUAUCACAAGCAGCAGCAGCAGCAGCAACUUACCGUACCCAAACGGCAUCGUCAAACGGACGUGGUCUCGCGGCUGCCCACGAACAGGCGACACAAUCACCAUCGAGGAAGUGUUCCAAAAGGACCAGCUGGAGCUCGCCGUGCUGUCGUCUUUCCAGUGGGACGAAGAGUGGAUGAUUUCCAAGCUCGACAUCAGGAGGACCAAGAUACUGCUACUCGCAUUCGCCAAGGACGAAGCUCAGAAGAACCUUAUGCGUGGCAACGUGCCCUCCAACAUCAAGUUCUGCUUCCCGCCGAUGCAUGGCCCUGGAGCGAUGCACUCCAAACUACAGCUCCUCAAGUUCCCGGACCGCCUCCGUGUCGUCAUCCCAACGGGCAACCUUGUGCCACUGGAGGACCCCGCCGCCCAUCCACCGCAGACACCGACUGGAUUCUACACGGAGCUAGUAUACUUCCUCCAGGCAACGGGCGUUGGCGAAAAGAUGGUUGCCAGCCUAUCAAACUACGACUUUUCCAAGACGUCAGAUAUCGCUUUCGUCCAUACCAUACCCGGAAGCCACACGGGAAAAGCAGCACAACGCACAGGGUAUUGUGGCCUCGGUGCUAGUGUAGCGGCCCUCGGCUUAGCCAAUCCCGAACCUGUCGAGGUCGACCUUGUGGCACGUUUUCUACGAAUACCCACUGGAUGGGAUGGAGUUGCUAAUGGUGAUGACGGCAUGGACGAUUACAACAACUCCGGUGGCGCUAGUUCGAGAUCAAGACCGGCCAGGAAACCGGCAGAGACGACGUCCAAGGAGCUCAAGGACCGGUUCCGCAUCCACUUCCCUACGGAUCAGACAGUGGCCCGAAGCAGAGGCGGACGCAAUGCGGGAGGCACAAUCUGCGUCCAGGCCAGGUGGUGGCGGUCGCCUAAUUUUCCAAGAGAGCUGGUGCGGGAUGUCAUCACUCGUGACCGGCUCCUCAUCCACAGUAAAGUGAUAUUCGUGCGUCGGGUCGGAGACGGCCAAGCGACGCGGCAACCGCCAGGCUGGGCCUAUGUAGGGAGCGCCAAUCUCUCCGAGAGCGCCUGGCUGACUGUGCCCGCCGCCGCCGCGGUGACGGCCGCUGGGGGUGGUGUUUUUUUCUUUAGGGGCCGGCUAUCUAGAGACAAGUCUACGGGAGGCAUCAAGAUGAACUGUCGCAACUGGGAGUGCGGAGUGGUGAUCCCGGUACCUGAGUCAAAGAGCGUUGACAAGACACGGGCUAGCGGCGACAUGGCCAUGUUUGCGGGGACGGUUCCUGUUCCAAUGCAAGUUCCCGGGCCUGCGUACGCAUCAAAUGACCAGCCCUGGCUUUAUCCAGGAGCCUGA